UAUCAUAAACACAGCAAUUAUGAAUAUAUAUUAUAACAAUCAAUCUUAUAUAAUUUAGAACGCAGUAACAUUUUCUUGAUUAAGUCGUAUAAAAGGGCAGCUAAUCUAGUCUAGCAUUUGAUUAAAGUUAAGUGUCGGUAAAUGAGCCUCUUUCAUAAUACCUUUUUCUUCAUAAUCAUUCAUUAUUUAACAAUAAUCACAAUAGAACUAUAGUGCUUGUUUUGUUUUGUAUGUGAUUCUGAUUAAGAUUAGGUGUCGGUAAUUGAUCUUUUCAUAUAUUAUUUGGAUCGACGUCCUAUUUCCCCCCGAGAACUAUCACAUCGUAUCAGAACAACACAAAACUUCACUCUCGUCUUUAGUCUCCCCGAAUUGAUAGUUCUAUUGCUAGUUCCACCCGAAUCAAAAGUUCUAUCUCUAUUUCCCCAAUCGCGUGGGUUUACAUGGUUUUCGAACCAAACCCGAUAGAUAACCAUAGAAACACGGUUUGAAACCAAUUUAAGACCCGAUUAAAAAUCAUGCCCGACCCGAAUCCAGCUAUCCAGAUUAUAACAGAUAGUCGUUUAACGUUCUAAAAUCCCCAAUUUUGAAACUCAAGAACCCUAAAAAUCGAAAUCUCCAAAAUCGAAAAUCCCCAAAUUGAACUCUGAGAAUCAUGAGUAAUGUCUCAGGAGCUUCGAAUUCUUCAUCUCAUGUGCGAGGUAGAGGAAGGACUUAUGUGUUUGGUGUGCCCAAGAGAUGUUGGUGUGGAGAAGAUAUUGUGGCCAAAAACUCUCACUCGGAUGCAAAUCCUUGUCGAAGAUAUGUUCGUUGUGGAUAUGCCUAUGCGAAGAAGCUUGAGAAUGAUAAUCAUGUCUUCAAGUGGGUGGAUGAGGCACUCUUGGAUGAGGUUGAGAAGAUGAAGCAGCAGAUUGGUAUGCUUGAGAAGAAUGUGAUGGUGGAGCUUGAGAAAAAGAUGGUUAUGGAAGUUGAGAAAGAGUUAUGUGAGAAGGUUGAAGAUGUGAAAUCACUAAUGCAAGCAAGGAUGAAUAAGAUGCUAAUUGGGAUUGUCUUAGGUUGUAUGAUCAUGAUUGGCAUAGUUAAGCUAGUUGGAUGAGAUGAUCGUGUUUUUAG